AUGACGAGAGAUCCUCAGUGUGUCAAUGAGCCCAUCGCAAUCGUGGGUAGUGCCUGCAGGUUCCCAGGCGAUGCAAGCACACCGGAGAAGCUGUGGGAUCUUCUUAGGAAGCCUCGGGAUGUCUUGCAAGAAAUACCUGCCGAUCGCUUUAAUGUCGACAAGUUUUAUCACCCAAAUGCCGCUCACCAUGGAACGUCCAAUGUCCGCCAUUCCUACAUACUAUCCGAGGACUAUCGCUUGUUCGAUGCCCAAUUCUUCGGAACCAAGCCAGUAGAAGCAAUUUCCAUUGAUCCACAACAGCGCAUGCUACUAGAAACCGUCUACGAGAGCCUCGAAACAGCCGGCAUUCCAAUGGAGAAGCUACAAGGCUCAGAUACUGGCGUUUAUGUUGGACUGAUGACGAAUGAUUACACGGAUAUCAUGGGCCGAGACAUCCAGAAGUACCCAACCUAUUUUGCAUCAGGGACAGCAAGAAGCAUUUUGUCCAACCGAGUGUCCUAUUUCUUUGAUUGGCAUGGCCCAUCAAUGACAAUCGAUACUGCAUGUUCAUCCAGUUUGAUUGCUCUACACCAAGCUGUGCAGAGUCUACGAAAUGGUGAGUGUAGAGUGGCAGUUGCGGCCGGGACAAAUCUCCUCUUGGGACCUGAGCAGUAUGUCGCUGAGAGCAAGUUAAAAAUGUUGUCACCGACUGGCCGCUCAAGAAUGUGGGACCAAGAUGCGGAUGGUUAUGCCCGGGGUGAUGGAAUCGCAGUGGUGGUUGUAAAAUCACUUGCUACUGCCCUAGUCGACGGUGAUCACAUUGAAUGCAUAAUUCGCGAAACGGGAAUCAAUCAAGACGGGCGUACGAAAGGCAUUACAAUGCCUAACCCGAUGGCACAGGCAGAACUCAUUCGCUCCACCUAUGAAAGAGCAGGUCUAGACUUAUCUCGACCUAGCGACCGACCGCAGUACUUCGAGGCUCACGGAACUGGAACCCCCGCAGGGGACCCAGUUGAGGCGGAAGCUAUAAGUACAGCAUUCUUUGGAGAAAAGGCUGGCUACGUGCGAGCCCUUGAAGGAGAACCACCGUUGUUUGUUGGAUCCAUCAAGACAGUCAUUGGGCAUACUGAAGGCACAGCUGGCUUGGCCGCUAUUUUAAAGGCUUCACUAGCACUACAAAAUGCCAAGGUUCCUCCAAACCUGCUCUUAAAUCGACUGAAUCCUGAUAUCUUACCCUUCUACAAUGACCUAGAGAUUGUCACGGAAGCAAAAGAGUGGCCAGGAUUGCCGAGCACCACAACUCGCCGUGCAAGUGUGAACAGCUUUGGCUUUGGAGGGGCAAAUGCACAUGCUAUCCUUGAAUCAUGCAACAGCAAUACAAGCAUUAGUGAUUCUUUGAUCAACACCACACUUCUUGUGCCAUUCAAUUUCUCUGCAAACUCCUCAAAAUCACUUUUUUCAAGCCUUGCUGCACAUUGCGCGUAUUUGAAAAGACAGGAUGAUAUUAACAUCAGAGAUCUAGCAUGGACUCUGAAUUCUCGCCGCUCAACCCUCCCAGUUCGAAUUUCAAUUGCAGCGUCCGAUAAGGAAGACUUGACGGAGAAGUUGGAAGCCAUUGUCAGAUCAUCACCAGAUCCAAUUCCUUCGGCGCCAAAUUCGAUUUCCAAACAGCCCAAGCUCCUCGGUAUAUUCACAGGACAAGGGGCUCAGUGGGCUCAAAUGGGAGCCGAAUUGCUUGACAGCUGCCCACUCGCAGUUCAAUGCACCUCCAACCUCGAUCGGGCGUUGCAAACAAUCUCCGAGCCAGAUCGCCCGGAGUGGUCAUUGAAAGAGGAGAUAAUGAAAGACAAUGUCUCAUCUCGUAUCAGUGAAGCGCUUUUCUCGCAAACAAUCUGCACAGCGGUUCAAAUAAUUUUGGUCGAUUUGAUUCAUGCUGCGGGCAUUCAUUUUGACACCGUUGUCGGCCAUUCUUCUGGUGAAAUCGCUGCCGCAUACGCCGCCGGAUAUAUAUCUGCAAGUGAUGCGAUCAGAAUAGCCUACUAUCGAGGUUUGUCGUUGCGAUGCUCUGGCCGUGGUGGUAACCAACUCGAGAGUCCCGGUGCAAUGAUGGUGGCUGGAACUUCCUUCGAGGAUGCCCAAGAAAUUUGCGAGAUGCCAACACUCAAAAACCGUAUUUGUGUUGCUGCUAGCAACUCAUCAGAUAGCGUCACUCUUUCAGGGGAUAUUGAUGCGGUGAAUGAAGUGAUCGACAUUUUCGAAGAUGAAGGGAAGUUCAAUAGGCUGCUCAAGGUAGACAAAGCUUACCAUUCACAUCACAUGUUUCCUUGUGCUGCGCCAUAUAUGGAGAACUUGAAAAAAUGCUCUAUUUCUCCUCGCCGCAUAUCUGAGCGUCGGACUACUUGGGUCUCCAGUGUGUAUGCACUGGACAUUGCGGACGUGGGAGAUGACAUAUCAAGCACGUAUUGGAGCAACAAUAUGAUCAAACCUGUUCUUUACUCCCAAGCUGUGAGCUAUGCCACUGGUGCAAAGGGUCCAUUUGACAUGGCCAUUGAAAUUGGCCCUCAUCCAGCGCUCAAGGGACCUACGCUACAGACUAUCCUGGAAGUUUCAGGUCAAGAAAUUCCAUACUCGGGGACACUCACUCGUAAAACCUCCGGAACCGAGGCAUUUGCCUCUAUGCUUGGAGCUGUCUGGCGUUCGUUAGGAAGCGGAGUCAUAGACUAUCAAUGCUUUGACAGUGAAACCACACCUGGAAAUACCCCACCCAAGAUUUUGAAGAAUCUUCCAACAUAUCAAUGGGAUCAUGAUCGGGUAUAUUGGCACGAGUCACGUUCUUCAGCUCUCUUCCGGAGUGGACCUGGAAAUUUCCAUUCACUUCUCGGCACAAAAUGUCCCGACGGAACAACGAAAGAGAUCCGAUGGCGAAACUACCUUUACCCGCGUGAGAUCCCAUGGCUUGCACAUCACCAAGUUCAAGGUCAGAUGGUUUUUCCAGCUGCGGGAUACAUCACGGCAGCAACUGAGCUAAUUGCGGAUGAAUAUGGUAUUGACUCGAUCCAAAUGAUCGAUUAUCAAGACGUCGUCAUUGGACAAGCAUUAACCUUCGAAGAAGACUCUGGCACCGAGGUUAUUUUCGCAUUCACUAUCACAAGCAACCAGGAUAACGUCGUUACAGCACUUUUUAAUUGCUAUUCAGAGAGUAAAAGGGCCUCUUUGUCUCCAGUUCUCCAUGCGUCUACCCGGGCGCAGAUAAUCUUGGGCGAUGUGAAACAUGACUCCCUUCCGCCCGUGAGAAAACGCACAGAUUCCUUCCUCGAGCUUGAAGCAAAGCGGUUCUACGAUCAUGUGGCCGAAAUAGGAUUUGGGUAUACUGGUCCAUUCGUUGCUCUUUCUGGGCUAACCAGGAGGAUGGACGAGGCCAAUGGUAUGAUUGCUGUGCCAGACGAGGCCGAUACGAAUUUGAACCCGCCGUUCAUAAUUCACCCUGCGACUUUAGACGGAGCAAUUCAGUCCAUCAUGUUGGCCUAUUCGUUCCCCGGAGACGGCCGCUUGAACAGCCUCCAUCUACCAACAAGUAUAGAUCACAUUAGAGUCGACCCGCUUGCUUUCAAAAGCACAGCCGUGCGCGGGUCCAAUCUACCAUUCUACUCCUCGGUUGCAGAGGGAAAGUUCUCUGAGCUCUCUGGUGAUGUAGAAAUAUAUUCAACAGAUUGGAGAUCUACCGUUCUACAACUGGAAGGACUACAUACCACCCCUUUAGCUCCAUUGUCGCCUGCCACCGACAUCCCAUUCUUUACCGAUAUCACUUGGGCAUCAGAAAUACCUUCUAUCCUUGAUUUGCCAAGCGCCCCCGAACUAGGCUCUGAAGAAUACAAUUCAUUGCUCGAUAUUGAACGCAUUGCCUUAUUUCAUUUGAAACAGCUCACUGUUCAAUCCGAAUCAAUUUCUCAUACAUCAGGGCAACUUCAUCCCCUUGUCUCUUAUGCGAAACACUGUGUUUCACAAAUAGAGUCAGAUGAGCAUCCAUUUGCACGUCCUCAGUGGAUCAAUGAUACAAUAAGAGACAUAGAAACCAUUUUGGAUGGAAACGCUGCUGUCGGAAAUACUAAUCUUCAGGCCCUACAUAAGAUUGGCGAAAGUCUCCCAUCCCUCGUCGGAGGUAAAGCCAAUACACUGGAGACUGCCAUCGAGAAUGACUUUUUCAGUAAAUUCUACACUAAUACCUUUGGGAUUCAAUUUUACCUACGCCAGUUGGGGAGAGUCGCUGGGCAGAUCAGCAACCGCUUUCCACACGUCAAUAUACUAGAGCUCGGAUCCGGAUCGGGAAAUGCUACCAAUUCUGCUCUUUCGGAAAUAGGAACAGCGUUCUCCUCUUACACGUAUACAAGUACCACGGACGCCUUAUUGAAUGCAGCACGGACAGAGUUUGCCGGGAGUGCGACGAAGUUGGCUUUCAAGGUGCUUGAUGUCGAAAAGGAUUUUACCGUUCAAGGAUAUUCCGAGAAUCAGUACGAUCUAGUCAUCGCAUCUCUGGCCCUCUACGGCACAAGUGAUGUAGAACUGACUCUAUCCAAAAUUCGUCGUUUACUCAAACCUGGUGGCUAUUUGAUUCUUCUGGAAGUGACAAAUCCCAACGCCCUGCACCUUGGAAUUAUUUUCGGCUGUCUUCCGAGAUCGUUUCCCGACAGAAGAGAUGAACACAAACUCUCCCCGUGUCUCUCUGUCGAAGAAUGGAGAUAUCUCAUGAGUAGGACUGGCUUUUCGAGCACUGAUAUUUCUUUGCAGCACCCAUCUCGCUCCCCAGCACCGUUCUCCCUGAUGCUUACCCAGGCAGUCGAUGAUCGUGUCAACUUUCUGCGUGAUCCUCUUGCGAAGUCUAUGCAUUCCUUUCCUUCGCAGUCUUUAACCAUAAUCGGUGGAAACACACCCCAGACAGCUACAUUGACUACGAAGAUCAAGGACAUGACGACCCCAUACUUUGGAACCGUGAAAAUCUCUCCCUCUCUCACCGGUUUGACCCAAGGCUCUCUCCCCCCUAUGGGCACGGUAUUGAGUUUGACAGAAUUGGACGAGCCAGCUUUUUUCUCGAUAACACCAGAGAAGCUGAGGGCCUGUCAAGAGCUGUUCAAACGAAGCAAAAAUAUCAUUUGGGUCGGACAAGGUGCACAGGGAAAUAACCCAUUCUCGAACAUGUUUGUUGGAAUCCAGCGAACAUUGGUAACAGAAAUGGAUCACCUUAGGAUACAAUUUCUUAACCUGGAUUCAGCGGUUGAAGCUCGGGAAAAUGAGAUUACGAAGCGACUUUUACAGUACGUCGCGGGAGACCAGUGGAAUCAAACUAUACAGAACAAGGAGUUGCUAUGGUGCACUGAGCCAGAAUUACAUCUGAAAAAUGGGCGAUCAUUCAUUCCACGCCUGAAGUUCAGUCAUGAUAGAAACGAAAGAUACAAUUCCGCAAAAAGGUUGAUAGUCAAAACCGUCCCGCGGAUCGAAUCGACGAUUUCUAUCGUCCCUUCUGAAAAUGGCUACCAGGUUUUGGAGUCUGACGACCAUUCAUCGCUAUCUAUCGCUCAAUCAAACAUUGAAGUCACCCAUGCACUGCUUAGACCAGUCGAGAUGGGUCUGAACCGGCAUUUUUUCCUUAUCGCAGGUAAAGAGGUCCAGGGCGGCAACCAAAUUAUUGGCUUCUCGGAUAGUCUGAAAUCGUGCAUGGCUUUGCCAUCUUCGAGCAUGAUAAAAUGUGGCCAGUCCGAAAAGGAGGCAUUGGAUGGAGUGUUGAAGAUCUACAUAAAUCUUCUUGCUCAAUCUGCAAUCAGGCGGGUCUCACCUGGAAAGGCAUUGGCUGUCCUUGACCCCGAAUUUCCGAUAUUAGCAGCAUUGAAAUACUACGCGAGUCAAAUGGAUGUUCAGCUGGUUCUUAUAACUAGCAAUGACCCAUCAGCCCCCUCGCCAUGGAUUCAUAUUCAUCCUAAUUCAACACGCCGAGUAUUGCACAACAGAAUAUCCCACCAAGUUACUCAUUUCUUUGACGCAGACUCAGGCCGAGAAACGCCAUCCAUCAUCCUACAAGCUCUUCCCAAAAAUUGCGAGAUUCAAACUGAAGCUUCCCUCACUGAGAGCUGUUUUAACCCAUUGUCAUAUGCCAAAAUUGAUGAGGUCAAUUUUAAUUUCCAAAGUUCAUGGGAACACGAUAUUCCGAUCAACAGCAAACGAUUUUCGAUUCAUGAUAUGAAAUCCCUAAUUGAAGGGGGCGGACUUGGGAUCUCUCUCUGUGAAUGGAUGGUUCGACAAGGCGCCAGAUACAUCGCGCUAUCUAGUCGCAACCCAACAUUGGAUAAAGGCUGGAUUGAUUCAAUGGCUUCUCGCGGAUGCACUAUUCGCGCAUUUUCAACUGAUAUAACUGAGCGGGACUCCGUCCAUAAAUCCUAUAAACUUAUAUCAGAGACUAUGCCUCCAGUGAGAGGUGUCGCUCAAGGCGCGAUGGUGUUGGAAGACACAAUGUUUUUUGAUCUGGACCUUCCUCGGUUCGAAAAAGUACUUAGACCGAAAGUCCAGGGCACUCUAUUGCUUGAUGAGCUUUUCAAGGAGAAUGUUUUGGACUUUAUGAUAUUUUUCUCCUCUAUGGCGUCAAUUACGGGGAACCCCGGCCAGGUGGCGUAUAACGCUGCAAACAUGUUUAUGGCCAGCUUGGCGGCACAACGACGAGAGCGCGGUCUUGCAACAAACGCUAUUAAUCUUGGUGCCAUUGUAGGAAAUGGAUAUGUCACACGUGAACUCAACAUUGACCAGCAGUCCUAUCUUUAUAGAGUUGGUCAUAACUGGAUGUCUGAACAGGACUUUCAUGAGGUUUUUGCAGAAGGGGUUUUUUCAUGUCUGAACGGGGCAAAAGAUACUGAUCCCUGCAGUAGCCUCAGAAUUGAUGAUGACCAAGCAAAGAAGUGGUAUACAAAUCCCAUUUUCCAACACCUGGUGCCUAAAACGGACCUUUCGGUUUCUGGUGAGAGGAAAGAAAAAUCGGGACUUGCCCUCAAAACACGACUUGCCAACUCAUCAUCUCAGUGUGAAGCGAUGGAGAUAUUGCAAGAUGCCUUUACCCUCAAACUACAAUCUGCUCUCCAGAUUGAUCCUGGCAAAUCAGUUGUCAACAUGAGCCCAGAUGAACUUGGAGUUGACUCACUGGUGGCUGUCGACAUCCGCUCGUGGUUCCUCAAGGAGUUAGGCCUUGAUAUUCCCGUGCUAAAGAUAUUCAAUACCGCUUCUGUUCGAGAAUUAUUAGAGUUUGCAUUCGUCCUUCUACCUCAAUCUGCUGUUCCGAACUUUCUGACAGACGUGUCUCUUGAGGCUGAUCAAAGCUAUACCAGUCCCAAUGGGCUGGCAGAACAGGUCACGGGCCUGGUCAAAGAGGAAGAGAAUAACGGCAUCAGUCUGACUAACAACGUCGCUGUGCUCAAUGAAGACUGGUCUGAAAUUGAAAAAACAUUCAAUAUCGAUUAUCCAUCAAAUGGCGAAACUGAAAGCGUUAGCUCGUCAGCUUCUGCAAUGACUGCUGAUUUGAGCUCGGAGAAGAAUGGAGACAGUUCUUCAAGUUCUGUUCACAGCGACGAUAAUGCAUUGUUAGAGCGCAAAGUUCAAAGAUCGUUGCCCAUGUCUAUGGCACAGGCAGGGUUCUGGUUCUUGACUAAUUUUGUUCAACACAAGACCGCUUUCAAUGUCACCCCAGUGUUUGAGUUGAAAGGAAGCCUUUCUAUUGAUCGCUUCGGAAAAGCAAUUCGCCAGGUGGCUCAGCAUCAUGAGACACUGCGGACAUUCUUCUUUGUCGAUAGCACCCAGAGGCCCAUGCAAGGAGUCUGGGAUACUCCAAAAGUGCACCUUGAGCAUAUCAAUAUCAACCGGGAAACAGAGGCUCAGGUCGCUGCAAGUGAAAUGGGCACAUAUAUCUUCAACCUUGCACAGGGAGAUGUUAUUCGCAUAAAGGUUCUUUCACUGGGUUCCGACAGGCAUUGGAUCAUUUUUGGCUUUCACCAUAUAAUCAUGGAUGGUAUCAGCUUUGAGAUUCUCUGGUCUGAUCUCGAAACAGCUUACAAUGGCAUUGAGCUGUCCCCUGUUGUUCAAUACGCAGAUUUUGCCAUGCAACAACUUCAAUAUUACGAAAAUGGCGAAUAUCAAGUUGAAUCGAGAUAUUGGAAGAGUCAAUUUCCGGAAAUACCGUCCCCUAUCCCGUUACUUCCCUUCUCCUUGCGACCAGAUCGUCCUACGAUUGUCGGUUUCAGCUCCCAUAUGGCUCAAAUAAGUCUCAGUACCAUGGUGGUGAAUGAGAUUGAGAAAUGCUGUCGCAAGUUCAGGGUAACGCCCUUUCACUUCCACCUUGCAACAUGGCAGAUCUUUCUGCUGCGUCAUCUGGACAUUGAUAGGAUUUGCAUUGGGCUUGGCGAUGGUAAUCGCACACACCCCGAUGUAAUGCAUACAGUGGGGCUUUUCCUGAAUACUCUUCCUCUUCAAUUCGAAAGUCAACCUUCUCAGACAUUUGGCCAAAUUCUGAAGCAUACAAAGAUCACUUCUCAAAAUGCUUUUGCAAAUGCUCGCAUUCCAUUUGACGCUAUACUCAGUGAGCUCAAAGUUCCUCGAUCUGCUUCAUAUAAUCCACUAUUCCAAACUUUUUUCAAUUUUCGGCAGAAGCUUGAAGUGUCGCGGAAAUUCUGCGGGUGUAAUGCGCAGGCCUCCCUUAUAGGUUCAGGUGAUACUUCCUACGAUCUUCAUCUUGAUGUCAGCAGCUCCAGCAAUGGAGAUACAUCGGUUUAUCUUCUUGCGCAAAAGGAUCUAUACAGCUCUAAUCAUGCUGAACUACUUCUCCGUGGUUAUCAGAGGCUCCUGUUAGAAUUUUGUCGCAACCCGGCAACCCAAGUAUCUUGGCCCAAGAUUUACGGGGCAGAUGACAUCGAGCAAGGCUUAAAAGUGGGAAAAGGGCCGGAAUUGGAAGAAACUUGGCCAGCGACUGUAAUUCACCGCCUCGAUAUGAUGGUGUCUAAGUACCCCCAGAAUAUAGCAAUCAAGGAGCCAAGUGGUGUUGAGCUCACUUACUUCAAGCUUCAACAACGCAUUUCCAUCAUUUCGAAAGGGAUGUUAGAUUCCGGUGUCCAUCGGGGUGCUCGGGUUGCUGUUCUACUAUCUCCGACUGCAGAUUGGAUUUGUACCAUUUUUGCCAUUUUGCGCAUCGGUGCUAUAUACAUUCCACUCGACAGAAAGCUGGGACUAUCCCGACUUGCAUAUAUUGUUUCAGAUUCGAAGCCAUUUGCCGUUGUGUUCGACUCAACCACUGUUUUUGACCUCCCAGGGCUCAGAACCGAAGCUCAAUGUAUCGACAUAACCAGCCUUCCCAUUAUAGCCGGAGUCCUCCCGCCUAAUGUCGCGGCGCCAGACCAGUCCGCUAUAAUCAUGUACACAAGCGGGUCUACAGGUACCCCCAAAGGGAUUCUGAUCGAGCAUUCUGCAUACAUCCACCACGUUCAAGCAUUCUGUACGACAUGGGGCAUCGAAGAAGCCAACGAAACGAUUCUCCAGCAGUCUUCUUAUGCAUGGGAUAUGUCCAUUUACCAGAUCUUCAUUUGUGCUUGCAGUGGCGGAAAUUUGAUCGUCGCCGAUAGUCUUUCCCGAGGAGAUCCUGUUGCCAUUUCGCACAUCAUUUCUUCGGAGGGCAUCACAACAACCUUUGCCACCCCGACUGAAUAUCUGACCUGGCUUCGGCACGGUCGGCACAACCUACAAGCUUCUAAUCUAAAGAGAGCAGUCUCUGGAGGCGAGUUCAUAUCUGCUAGUCUUACUCGAGAGUUUCAAUCCUUGAACAAAGAAGGUCUCAAGUUGAUAAAUGUUUACGGCCCAGCGGAAACUACCUUGUCGUGCAGCUCCGCCGAAGUCCGUUAUAUGGAGGCAGAUCAUAACUGUCAGAAACCUCGGCUUGGCCUUCGUACACUGCCAAAUUAUUCCAUCUUUGUUGUGGACCACAAUCUCGACCCUGUUCCUCUUGGCGUUCCGGGUGAGGUAGUUGUUGGCGGGCUCGGCAUCGCGAGAGGAUAUUUGGAUCCCAAUCAGACAAAAGAAAGAUUUUUUGCUGAUAUUCAUGCGAGUUCCCACUUCAAAAACAAGAACUGGACCGUCGCUCACCGAACUGGUGACCGAGGUGUGUUGACAGAGCAAGAUGGUCUGAUUCUGCUGGGCCGUAUAUCCGGUGACAAUCAGAUCAAAUUGGGCGGAAUCCGCAUUAAUGUCGAGGAGAUUGAAAAGGCCAUUCUAGACAUCUCAGAAGGUACCAUAUCACAGGCAGUGGUUUCUCCUCGACAUGUUGGUCCACAUUCCAGCGACCAAGAGCUGAUAUUGGUGGCUUUUGUUGUAAUGAACGACUUUACUGAAAACGCAGAUGGUUUUCUGGAGGCUCUCGUUCAAGAUCUACCUCUCCCAGCUUUUAUGCAUCCGGCCGCAAUUUUUUCUGUUGCUUCGCUUCCUCAAAAUGCCUCUUCCAAGGAUCCCCUGCCUCUAGAAAAAUCAUUGCACCGGCUUUGGAAGGAGGCUAUACCAGCAGUGGUCUUCUCGCUUUAUAAAGUGAAUUCUGAAUCGGACUUUUUCCAUGUGGGAGGAACUUCGUUAUCCCUCGUCGCUCUUCAGUCACUUAUCAAGGAUCACCUGGGACUCCUCGUUCCUCUUCAUCAGUUAUUCGAAGCGAGCACUCUACAAGGCAUGGCAAAGCGCCUUGCGAAGCUCUCCUCGCAGAGUUCGGAUGAAUCUGUUAACUGGGAGGCUGAAAUUCAGGAUCUUGUUUCUGCUGUUCCGUCUGAUGAAGGUACUGACAUGGAGUCCGGCGAACCUCCGAGUGGGACUGAUGUCGUUGUUCUUACUGGUGCGACGGGAUUCAUUGGCAGAGAAAUUUUACAACAGCUGUUGCAAUCUCAAAAGGUUAAUUGUGUCUACUGUAUUGCAGUACGAAAGCCAAAAGAGAAGUUGCCAACCCUUUUUCGGCACCCAAAAGUCCGAGUUUACCAUGGUGAUUUGGGGACCCCUCGACUCGGCUUAUCAGCUGCCGAUGCAGCGAUGAUAUUUCAUCUUGCUGACAUAGUUAUUCAUAAUGGUGCCGAUGUCUCUUUCAUGAAGACCUAUCAAUCUCUCAAAUUGAUCAAUGUCGCUUCUACUCAAGAGCUCAUCAAACUUGUUCUUCCAAGAAGGAUCCCCUUUCAUUUUGUCUCCUCGGCAAGUGUGACUCGAUUGGCUUCUCAGAAGACGUUUACCGAGGUUUCGGUUGCUCCAUAUCCUCCACCAACCGACUUUGAUGAUGGGUACACGGCAAUGAAAUGGGUCAGUGAAGUAUUUCUCGAACGGAUAAGUCGUCAGUUCAACCUAAAUGUUUUCAUCCAUCGACCCUCGAGUGUCAUGGGGGAUGGGGCCCCUGAUCUCGAUCUCAUGCGAAAUGUCAUUGAAUAUUGUCAAAAGACAAAGAAGAUUCCGGAUCUAACCUCCUGGUCAGGUACUAUUGACUUAAUCUCCGUUGAGUCUGUGGGUGCAGCAAUCAUGGAAGCGGUACUUGCGUCCGGUCAAGACCCGUGGAUAUCUAGUGCCAAACUCGAAGCAGGGAAUGUUCGUUAUAUUCAUGAGUGUGGGGAAGUUCAAUUAAUUCCUAGUGAAGUCCGAUCUUUCAUGGAAUCCAGGACAGGGGGAAGUUUUGAAGAAGUGGCCCUCGGUAACUGGGUCGAAUGUGCGGAGGAGGCCGGAAUGAGCACACUUGUUGGUCUUUACUUGCGAAAGUCUCCCGAUGGGCCGACCUUGUUGCCAAGACUGACUAAAGGGGAUGCAUAA